AUGGAUCUAUCUGAAAAAGAAAUCAGUAAACUUUUCAGAGUCCACAAGACAGUGAACCAGAUGCUAAAAGACCGUGGGUAUAUUGUCAUGGAUUCUGAAAUUGAGAUGACCAAAGAACAGUUUCUUGAAAAAUAUGGCGGGGACAUGGCAAGAGAGGAUCUUGAUACUCUCAAGAUUAAGAGGGACGAUGAUUCUGAUAAGAUCUUUGUCUUUUUUAUGGAAGAAACAGAUGGUGCAAAGCUUGGAAUCAAGGACAUUAAACCUUUCAUUGAGCGCAUGCAAUCCGAGAAUGUCUUUAAGGCAAUUUUGGUAGUGCAGAAGCACUUGACACGCCACGCUCUAGAUGCCCUAGACCUCCAAUCAAAACUUCACUUGCAAGUUUUUCAGGAUACAGAGCUUCUAAUGAACGUAAAAGGACACGUUUUUGUUCCCCAUCAUCAAGCUCUAACGACUGAGGAGAAGAAAGCUUUGCUGGAGAGAUACACUAUGAAAGAGAAUCAGCUUCCUCGUAUUCAGUAUACGGACCCAAUCGCGAAAUACUAUGGGCUAAGACGUGGACAAGUCGUGAAGAUCAUACGCCCGAGUGAAACAUCCGGUCGUUAUGUCACAUACCGCUAUGUUGUAUGACCCUUAGAGCUUCUGAUGUGGUCGGGUCAUGGAGUUAUUAACGGAUAAAGAUUUAGGUAGAGUUUAAAAUUAGGAGUGAAUGUUUCAGUUU